GCCUCCAGUGGGAGGAGCGGUGGCGGCAGCCCGCCCGGCGCGGCGUCAGAUAAAAGAAAGCUCAACAGCCCAGCAGAACGGAAAGGGUAGAGGCACAAGGAAGGAAACAAAUAUACCGCUUCACUUGCUUCAUUCAGCUAGACGUGGCCAUGCGAGCGGCGCUUGGCCACCCUCGCCAUUGAUGACCGGCGGCUGUGGUCGCCGGCCCUGACCGGUCGGGAGCGGGGGAACCGGGAGCAGCGACCCAAGGGAGCCGGGGAGAAGUCGGUGUUUGGUUACUUUUAAUCCGUUUGAUAGCGGGGUGAGAAUGGAGGGUGAGCAGCCCCAGGUCGGCACGGAGCCCGGGGGGGAGCCGCCGCCGCAGCAGCAGCCCGCAGCGCCGCUCCGACCCGUGGCGAGUCAGAGCCGCUUCCAGGUCGACCUGGUGACCGAGGCGGGAGGAGGAGGCACCGGCGACGACCAGAAGGGUCGGAGCCCGCCCGCCGAUGCCGAUGCCGCUGCCGGUCAGCCGCCGCCACCGCCUCCCGGCACCAAGGACGGGAGGGAUGGUGGCGCCGCGGCCCCGAACCCGGUCGAGUCGUCGCUACCCCCCGCCACGGACGCCGAAGAGGCCAAGGGACGAUUCCGUGUCAAUUUCGUGGAGCCGGGCUCGGGCGAGCCGGGAGCCACCUCUGCCGUCACCGGCGCCACUUCCUCGGCGUCGUGUUCCUACGGGCAGCCGACAGCUAGUGAAGCCAUGAACGGCUACCCGCAGAACGGCGAUACCAUGCUCAGCGAGGGUAGUCUGCACUCAUCAGGCACCAGCGCUCACCACUACUACGACACGCACAGUAACACCUACUAUCUCAGGACCUUCGGGCAUAACACCAUCGACGCGGUGCCCAGAAUCGACCACUACCGCAACACGGUAGCCCAACUGGGGGAGAAGCUGAUCAGACCCAGCCUGGCCGAGCUGCACGAUGAGCUCGAGAAGGAGCCUUUUGAAGAUGGUUUUGUAAAUGGAGAAGAAAGCAGUCCAGCUGAAGAUGCAGUAUCAAAACAUGUUCCUGACAGUAAAGGUGUUGUAAAGUUUGGCUGGAUUAAAGGUGUGCUGGUACGAUGUAUGCUAAAUAUCUGGGGAGUGAUGCUCUUCAUACGUUUGUCAUGGAUUGUUGGCCACGCUGGUAUAGGUCUGGCUCUCGUAGUUAUUGGCAUGGCAACUGUUGUCACCACCAUCACAGGGCUAUCAACGUCUGCUAUAACCACAAAUGGAUUUGUUCGUGGAGGUGGUGCCUAUUAUUUAAUAUCCAGAAGCUUGGGACCUGAAUUUGGUGGAGCUAUUGGACUUAUUUUUGCUUUUGCCAACGCAGUAGCUGUAGCCAUGUAUGUGGUUGGCUUCGCCGAGACUGUAAGAGACUUGCUUGUGGAACACAAUGCAAUCAUGAUUGAUGAAAUCAAUGACAUCCGGAUCAUAGGAACCAUCACCAUUGUGGUCCUCUUUGGCAUAUCUGUGGCAGGGAUGGAGUGGGAAGCUAAGGCUCAGAUUGUACUAUUGGGAAUUCUGCUCAUAGCCAUUAUUAAUUUCACUGUGGGAACUUUCAUCCCAGCUAAUGACAAAAGGGCAAAAGGAUUUUUUAAUUAUCAUGGUGAAAUAUUUUCAGAGAACUUUGGACCAGAUUUUCGUGAUGGAGAAGGUUUCUUUUCAGUCUUUGCUAUUUUCUUCCCUGCUGCCACUGGUAUUCUUGCUGGAGCAAACAUCUCUGGUGAUCUUGCAGAUCCACAGUCAGCCAUACCUAAAGGUACACUCUUGGCUAUUUUAAUUACCACAUUGGUCUAUGCAGGAGCGGCUGUUGCUGCAGGUGCUUGUAUUGUGCGUGAUGCUACUGGAAACUUGACCGAUAUGAUCGCCCCUGGAACAGUGACUAACUGCUCGACUGCAGCUUGUAAAUUGGGUUUCAAUUUCUCCUACUGUGCCACAAAUAAAUGCACUUAUGGUUUAAUGAAUAACUUCCAGGUUAUGAGCUUGGCCUCUGGAUUUGGGCCUUUGAUUACUGCAGGAAUUUUUUCAGCUACGUUAUCUUCUGCCCUGGCCUCAUUAGUGAGUGCUCCUAAAAUAUUCCAGGCUCUGUGCAAGGAUAAUAUAUAUCCUGGUCUUCACAAGUUUUCAGUUGGUUAUGGCAAGAACAAUGAACCAUUGCGUGGAUAUGUCCUUACAUUCUUCAUUGGUCUGGGAUUCAUAUUAAUUGCUGAGCUAAAUGUCAUUGCACCAAUAAUUUCCAAUUUUUUCCUGGCCUCAUAUGCUUUGAUUAACUUCUCAGUAUUCCUUGCUUCUCUUGCUAAAUCACCAGGCUGGCGACCUGCAUUUAGAUACUACAACAUGUGGAUUUCAUUGAUUGGUGCUGUCUUGUGCGGUGGCGUAAUGUUUGUUAUCAAUUGGUGGGCAGCACUAUUAACAAACGUCAUUGUCCUUGCCUUGUAUAUCUACGUCACCUAUAAGAAACCCGAUGUAAACUGGGGUUCCUCUACACAGGCUUUAACUUACCUGAUUGCCUUGCAGCAUGCCAUCCGUCUUGCAGGAGUCGAGGACCAUGUAAAGAAUUUCAGGCCCCAGUGCCUAUUGAUGACAGGUGCUCCAACAUCACGUCCUGCUUUGCUCCAUCUUGUUCAUGGUUUCACAAAAAAUGUUGGACUAGUGGUCUGUGGACACGUUCACACGGGACCACUCAGACAAGCUUUGAAGGAAAUCUCUACUGAUCAAUCCAAAUACCAACGGUGGUUAAUAAAAAACAAAAUGAAAGCCUUCUAUGCCCCUGUAUAUGCAGAAGACUUGCGUGAAGGAACACAGAUCUUGCUGCAAGCUGUGGGACUUGGCCGAAUGAGACCGAACACACUUGUCUUUGGCUUUAAAAAAGAUUGGCGUCAGGCACUUAUGAAAGAUGUGGGAAAUUACAUAAAUGCUAUUCAUGAUGCAUUUGACUAUCAAUAUGGAGUGGUUGUCAUUAGACUAAAGGAAGGCUUUAAUAUUUCUCACCUUCAAGCACAAGAAGAGCUGUGCACUUCUCAGGAGAAAUCUGCUCAUCCCAAGGAUGUAGUAGUUAAUCUAGAACAUUCUGAUGCUGACUCUAAGCCAUCUUCUAAAUCUGUGAGCGAAACCAAUAGCCCAGCAGUGUCACAAGACCACAAAGAUGAAGAAGAUGAUGGCAAGGCGUCAACACAGCCACUCUUGAAAAAAGAAGUUAAAGGUCCUUCCGUGCCUUUGAACAUGACUGACCCGAAGUUGCUUCAGGCAAGCUCUGUGUUUCAGAAGAAACAGGUCAAAGGGACAAUUGACGUCUGGUGGCUUUUUGAUGAUGGAGGUCUGACUUUACUUAUCCCAUAUCUUCUCACUACCAAGAAGAAGUGGAAAGAUUGCAAGAUCAGAGUGUUCAUUGGUGGGAAAAUAAACAGAAUAGAUCACGACAGAAGAACAAUGGCCACUUUACUUAGCAAAUUCAGGAUUGAUUUCUCAGACAUCACUGUUCUUGGGGAUAUGAAUACCAAGCCAAGCAAAGAGAAUAUUGCAGCUUUCGAAGAAAUGAUUGAACCAUUCAGACUUCAUGAAGAUGACAAAGAGCAAGAGACGUAUGAGAAAAUGAAGGCGGAGGAACCGUGGAGGAUCACAGAUAAUGAGCUUGAGAUUUACAAAAUGAAGACAUAUCGGCAAAUCAGAUUGAACGAAUUGUUGCGAGAGAAUUCAGGAACUGCUAACCUCAUCGUCAUGAGUCUCCCAGUGGCACGGAAAGGUGCUGUAUCAAGUGCACUGUAUAUGGCUUGGAUUGAAACACUCUCAAAGGAUUUGCCACCCAUUUUGCUAGUGCGAGGCAACCACCAGAGUGUGCUUACGUUCUACUCCUAGAAGAGCAGAGGACAUUUCCCUGAUUACUCUACUACAGUGGCUGGAAGUAGAAAACGUGAGAAGCCCUGGGCUUGUGUGUGCCACUUCCAGUUGAUAGAAAACAAAAUAAGCACACAGAGGAAGAAAUCCUUAUUUUUUUUGAGGAUCAAAAGAACUACUUGAUUUUUACCCUGAUGGUCUAUCAAUUUGCUUGAGUUUGAUUUGAAUGUAAGCUUUAUUUUUUUCUGACUGUACACAGGAAGUUUUCUUUCUGCUACGAGAAAAGCAGCAAUAACUUUUUUUUAAACAACUUAGAUUUCGUUGAAAUGAAAGCCUUUUACAGCCUUACUGAGGUGCCUUCCAAAAAAAAUUACGUACCAAAUUCAAUUGAUUCCCUGUUUUAUGUAUAAUGAAUGUUGAUAAAUGAAGUAGUUUAAUAACAAACUGUAGUUCGUGCUUUAGAAUGAACAGGUGUUCUCAGAGGGUGUAUCUUGCACCUUCUGUCACAAAAGCUGCUUUCACUAUUUGUCUUCCACAGGGCUGUAUGUGUUUUAAGUUUAACACUUUCAAAGCCCUGAUAUUUAAAUACCUAAUUUUCUUUGGCAAUACUUGCCCUUAGUUUGCCCUUCUCUUCCCCCAGCUUCUGUGCUGUGAGAUGCGCUGGCAGAAACUUAAAGUUACUAACAUAAUUGUGGAAAAUGACAGGAGGUUUAAAUUUGAGGAUUGACUGUUGUUAUCAGGGAAGUUUAUAAUGGAGGCUGCCAAGAAUACCUCCCUUCAAUAUUUCCCAAGUCCACAUAUGAAAAUCUGGGAAUUUGACUUCCUUUCACCCCGUGCAAAUGUUCUCAAAUGGUUGUAACAUUGAGGCUUGAGCAAGACUAGUUGUGCUUGUCAAGUUUUUAAACUGCAUAAUACUUUGAAAAGGGAAUAUUAAGAAAAAUCUGAAAAGCUAAGAUUUUAACUGGCAUUUCCUGCUUUGUGGAAACAAGUGUUGCUAAGGUCUUAACUGCAUCCAGUCAUCUUGACUUGGCUCUCAAAGUUAACAGGUCACUUUCAUGAAAAGGUUAGUCACAGCAUUUAUUUUUCUCUCAAAGGCAUUUUGCUUUUGCUUAUCAUAUCUUUUCUGGUCUCUGUGCUUUAAAAUUAAAAUUUUAAAAAUUGCCAAAUAAUUUUCAUGAAGGUAUUGUUAAUUUAAUGUACAUUCGCCAUGAUGUGCUCUUAGUCUUUGCAGCUUUAUAUUAGUAUUCUAGCAGCUAGUGCGUAUGUAAUAAGCUAUAUUCCUUUUCCCGUAGCAAGUAAAUGCAUGACAUUUGAAAUCCAUUACAUUGUCUCAAUUCAGGUGUAAACAUGACCAUAAAUGGAGUAAUGAUUCUCUACAGUUUAGGUAUAUUGUAAUUUGAAAGGCUGUUGUGCUUCCUUCCUGGAACGAUUCUUUUCUAAAAAUCGAUUAACUAAUUUUAGUAUCGUUUACUUAUACUCAAUACACAAGUUCGAUUAGAGAACAAAUUUUGAACCUCAAAUCAGUGUACUACUUAGUUCUGCCAGCUAAAUAAAGAGAUUUCAUUCACUUAAAGUAUAUAAAUAUACUAAAUGUAUAUAUGCAUAAGAUGUAGAAAGAAAAGCUUAUAAAAUGCAGGGUGCAUUCUUGUGUGUGCAUCUUAUACUGCCACUGUUCACAAUUUAUAUCUUCAAAAGGAAAUACAAAUCACUGAGGUAAGAGUGAUCGUAAUAGUGUUCAUUCCAAGCUUAUAGGAAAUAUUUACCCUUAUCAGAAGUGUUCCCAUUGCUUUUCUAAAGUGGUUUGUAGCCAAAUUUAAAACUUCCUGUAACUCCUUAUUGACGACUAACAUUCACACAAUUCACAAUUGUGAAAUUGCACCAUACACUGUAUUUAACCUUUUUUUUUGAAGAAAGCUAAUGAUCAAGUGACAAGGAAAAAUGGCUGAGUUUGAUUUUGUUAAUUUAUUCAUAGUGUGUAAAUCAAUGAUUCUUUUUGCAUUUUAAGGGGUUCUUUUUAAAACUUGAUGGUGUAUUUGUCUUUUGUUUUAAAUAUGUCUGCAAAAUUGUUAAAGCUGUUUUUCUCCCCAGAGGGUGAUCUACCCAAAGAAGCUGACUGAAAGAUUUUGAUAAACUGUACUAUAAUUCACUGAAUUGCUUUUCUAAUUAUUUUAACAUUAAGAGUAUUAAAGAUGAUACUUUGUACAUUAUUGCAAUAAAGAAAAAGGU